GUCACGGACGGCGCCAACCUCCAGCUUGGAGCCCGCGACUCUCGCUGCCUGUCGGGCCGUGUCAGUCUGGAAGCUUAGCUUACCGCGCGGCUUCGGGCACAAGGAACCUCUCCACCACGAACUUUGACGAGAGAGGCUCUGGUGUUCGAGGGCAGCUUAAGAACGUUGAGAGAGGUAAAGAGUGAGCGACGCCUGAGAGGACGUCAACAAAGCGCACCGGAAGCGGUCCGAAAAUGAACAGUGUGAUCUACCGUGCCUUUUCUCAAAAAGAGGCAAAAGAGUUCGAUGUUCAGCAUGCGGGCACCCAGCGGGCUGAGGCCUUUGUGAGGGCCUUCCUGAAGCGGAGCAUGCCUCGCAUGAGCCAGCAAGCGCAGGAGGACCACCUGCAGCGCAAGGCCGUCGUUCUAGAGUACUUCACUCACCGGAAGCGAAAGGAAAAGAAAAAGAAAGCUAAAGGCCUCUCUGCCAAGCAGAGGAGGGAGCUGCGGCUCUUUGACAUUAAACCAGAGCAACAGAGAUACAGUCUUUUUCUCCCUCUGCACGAACUCUGGAAACAGUACAUCCGGGAUCUGUGCAAUGGUCUCAAACCAGACACGCAACCACAGAUGAUUCAGGCCAAGCUUUUAAAGGCAGAUCUUCACGGUGCUAUUGUUUCAGUUACAAAAUCCAAAUGCCCCUCCUAUGUGGGCAUGACAGGAAUCCUUCUACAGGAAACAAAGCACGUUUUCAAAAUUAUCACUAAAGAAGACCGCCUAAAAGUUAUCCCCAAGCUAAACUGUGUGUUCACUGUGGAGAUCGAUGGCUUCAUUUCCUACAUUUAUGGGAGCAAAUUCCAGCUGCGUUCAAGUGAGCGGUCUGCAAAGAAGUUCAAAGCAAAGGGAACAAUUGACCUGUGAGCCCUUGCUGCCUGAGGGAGUUGUUUACGACAGCCAAAAACUGGAAAUAUCCUGAAUACCCAUCUUUCAGGGAAGAGAUGGUCAGGCCAGUUCUGGUUGUAGACCACCUCCAGCCAGUUUAAUUAUCUGGGAAGAAGCACACUGUACUAAGCACAGAAGUCAGCGGCCAGAGGGAUAUGUCUUUAUAGAUGCUCUUGUUUUUGUAUCACUCCCGUGGAGAGAAAAGAUCAGCAGAAAACACCAGGGUGAACACAGGUUGACUUGAGUAGUGGGUUUUUUUGGUUUUUCUUUUUGAUACUUUUCUGUUUUCAGAAUGUUCUGUGAUGAAUCAGUUCUUUAUGUAAUAAUAAAAUAUGCAUGUGGGCGUGA